AUGCUCGGCAUCCUGAGCGCGAAGAGGGAGGACCUCUUCCCAGCCCACGUCUGGAACAGGAGCUUUCAGAUUGGCAGUCAGGGCGGCCUUGGGGAGCCAGGCGAGCGCGCGCGCGGCAGUGAGUCGAGCGUCCAGUUGGAGCUGCGCAGGCUGGUCUCCAGCGGCAGACCCCUGGACCUGGACUGCCUGACCUCGUGGCCCCCGUGCCAGGACGAGGGCGACCCGACGUCGCUAGACGCUGAGCUCGACAGCUCGUACAGCCUGGGCCUGGGCGCGACCGGUGUGCGCCUCGCGCUGAGCGUCCCCCGCGGGCUUCGGGUAGCCGUGGGCUGCGAGUGCUCGGAUGAUGCUGCCGGUGCCAUCAUCGCCCUGGAGAGCCUGCAGAUGGCAGAGGGGUGGCUGCGCGUUUCCCCGCUCAACAUCACGGUGCCCGACGUGGCGAAAGGCCUCUGGGCAGCGCACAACAUCAGCAGCCCUGCAGCGGGGCAGUCGCUGUGCAUCCACGCGCCCCAGAGCGACGGCGGCCUUCUGAGCUUCAUCCUGGCUGGGGUUCCAGUCGUGGUGAGCCUGGCGCCCUCCGCGCCCAGCGGGGCGGGCGAGGGCGCAGGUGCCGCGCGGCGCGUGCUGCCGCAGGCAGGCGACGCUGCGUGGGGCACCGUUGGCAGCGCCAGGGCCGACGUUGCGGUGCACUCCAGGGCCGAGUCUAUCGACUUGGCGGUCGCAGUCAGGUACCCCAGCAUCGGGGUCGCGAACGUCAGCAUGAAGCCAGUGGCACUGAGUGUCGGCCCAUUCCAGUUGAGUGAAGAGCCAGACCCGAUGGAGCAUCACGGGCGCAACGCACUCUUGGAAUGCUACCGUGGGGGGCGCUCUUGUGAAGUGAUGAAGAUGUUGACGCCAGAAGUGCUCGCAACGGCCAGUUCCAGUCGUGUUGCGCACGGCCAGGAGAGCAGCUUCGGUCUGAGCGUUGUGGCGCCCGACGGAGGGGACUUGAUCGCCCACCUCUUCCGGGAUUGGUCGAGAGAAAAGCAGCAGGCAUACCGCUUGCAAGGUGCCAUCGCUGGAGAAGGACUCGUGGACGUGAGCUUCCUGUGGCCCCGCUUUUUGCUGCCGUCUGCGCUGCUCGGCGUCCGUCCCAGUAGACGUCUCGUCGGCGAGGACACAGCCGGGCUGGAACUCGCUUUCAAUCUCACCGAUCCAUGGGACGGUAGUGAAGUGCUGCACGGCACCACCACCACCGGCGGAGUGCUGAGGAACGUGUAUUUCACUGGCGUCAGCGCUUUCGUGGACCCGACUGGCGAGCGCCCGUCACAGGUCGCCGCAGAUGUGUACACUGGCUGGGCGGUCGACAUGGGUGGUGUAGACGUCCAGUUCACCAUCCCUACCAUCCGCUUCGAUUUCAGCAGCUCGUACGGCAAUAAGACCUCUCCGCAACUGGGGCACAUGCUCUUGCGGGAGUUCGAGCUAAACUCUUCGAAUCACGAGCUUACGGUAUCCCACGUCAUUGCCGUGGAGGACUUCGGGUCCGUCGUGGACUUCAGCUCGGGGGUGAGAUCGGGCGCGCCUGCCGAGCUGAAUGUCCGCUGUGGCCAGCCAGGGAACGGCUCGAGCCUCCUGGACGCGCUUCUGGGAAAAUUGGAGCUGGCGGUGUCUAUGCAGAUGCUGAUGUCAGCAGCGGACGACGAGUGGGCGACCGGGACGCAGCGCCGACUUUCAUCUCCGGACGAUGCCCCUUCCCUGCGCCUCCAGGUGCAGAGCUCCUCGGAGGAGCUGCGGGUGCUGGGCGACAUGCAGGUGCCCGCCAGUCUUCACGCCUUCGGCUUCCGUGUUGGCUUUGGGGAGGUGAGGCUGAACUUGUCGGCGCCCGGCGGCGGCGCCAUCGGCUCCCUCUUCGUGCCCGAGACAGAUCUCAGGCCCGGGCUCGGCGGCAACAUCCAAAUGGACAUGAGGAUGUCGCCCUCCGAUGUGCAGGUGCUCAGGUCGCAGGCGCUCGACCUGCUCCUCAGCGGCGAGCUCCACGGCACCCUACGCGCGGAGGGAUCCGUGAGCCCCCUGGGCCGCUGGGGCGCUCGCUGGGCAGGCCGCGCCGGCCUCGAGGUGCCCCUGCGCCUCGCGGCGGCGGGCCUCGCCGCGGCGGCGCGCCCGGGGGCCGGCGGCGAGCACGCCGUGCUGAGCCUGGCGGAGCUGCUCCGCGGGGCGGCCGCGGCGGGCCCUGCGCCGAGCCCGGCGCCCGCCGGCGCGGAGCCCGAGCAGGGCGGGUGCAGCCUCUCCUUCGGCGCGCCGUCUCUCCGCGGGCUCGAGGUCGUCGGCGGAGAGGAGCUCGGGCGCCCCGUCCGCCUGCCUUGCCUGCAGGCGUGCCCAGACGGCGCUGCCCCGGAGGGGCAGUUCGGCGUGCGCCUGGCGGUCGGGCUCGCGGCGAGGCUGCCGUGCCUCCUGCAGGUGCCCUACGUGCUGGAGAACUGCCGGCCCUCAGCGCCCAGGUCACUGGCCGCGCAGUCUCGGGUGCGGUGCCUCUGGCGCAGGUGA